AUGGGUGCUACCAACUCCAGACCAGAAAAGAAUGAAGCCUUGAGUUUGUGCAGGGAAAGAAAGCGGUUCAUCAAGGUGGCUAUUGAUUCAAGAUAUGCUUUAGCAGCUGCACAUGUUUCUUACAUUCAAUCUCUUCGAAACAUUGGCAUUGCUCUUCGCAGGUAUGCUGAGGCUGAGGUGGUAGAGUCAUCUCUGUCUACAUCUGACAAAACCCCUUCUCAAACUAGUUACCCUUCUCCAUCACCUUCACAUGUUGCUGAGGUUGAGGUUUCGGAUUCACCUUUGCACAAUGAGAGUCCUCUGGCCUCCACUCUUAGUUACAUGAGGUCAGGGGGUAGUGCUGCUGUUACUGUUACAGUCAAUGCUUGUGGUAACAUCAAUUAUUUAGAUGAUGAAUCCUCUGUGGUUCCAAUGCCUCCACCUCCUCCACCUCCUCCCGAGUCAGGUGCAUCUUGGGAUUUCUUUGAUCCUGGGGAGGAUAGUGAGAGCUUCAGGUUUGCAGUGCAUUGUAGUGAGUCCAGAGAGUGUAGGGACGAAGAAAAUGGUGACCAAUGGCUACAUAUUGGUUCAGAUGGGCAUUGCAUGAGGCAACCCAACCAGGAUGAGAAGUUUGGAAACUUAAGCAGUGCUGCAACAGGGAAUGAGUGUGACAGCUCUUAUGCACACUGCCUUGAUCAUUCAAUUGUUUCAAGAGGAGUGGAAGGUGGCAAACAAAUGGUUGACGGAGAAGUGAGAGAGCUAGAGUUGCCAAGUGCUGCAAGUGAUGUAAGCCGGACUGUUGCAGACAAGGGUGCCGGUGGAAGAUCCGGUUCAAAGAAGGAGAAGAACAUGGCUGGAAAAAAUGUGUGCACAGAAAGAGAGGAUCCUUCAGAGUUCAUCACCCACAGAGCUAAAGAUUUUCUCUCUAGCAUAAAGGAUAUAGAGCAUCGGUUCAUUCGUGCUUCUGAAUCUGGUAGGGAGGUCUUGAAGUUGUUAGAAGCAAACAAAAUCAAGGUGGGAUAUUCUGAAGCCAAAGUGAAAUCAUCUACCAUGGCUAUGCUGUCAGCUUUCCAGCCUGUUUGUUGCGGUGGAAAUGCUUCACCUGUUUUUCAAGAACCUGCCCAAAAAAUUAUUAGUUGGAAAAGGACAGCAUCUUCUCGAUCAUCCUCAUCCCGGAAUGCUUUGGCUGCAAAAACAAAGGAAGAUGUUGAUGAGAGUGCAAGUGACUUUGUUGAAGAAUUCUGCAUGAUUGCUGGCAGCCAUUCAUCCACUCUUGACAGACUAUAUGCAUGGGAGCGAAAACUCUAUGAUGAAGUAAAGGCUAGUGAAUCCAUCAUGAAGGAAUAUGAUCGAAAAUGUCACAAGCUAAGGCAUCAAUUUGCAAAAGAUCAAGGCACUCAUGCGAUUGACAAGACCCGGUCAGUUGUGAAGGAUCUGCAUUCACGGUUAAGAGUGGCUAUAUAUUCUGUUGAUUCAAUAUCUAAAAGAAUUGAGAGAAUGAGAGAUGAAGAAUUGCUCCCACAACUUUCAGAAUUAACAGAAGGAUUGAUCAGAAUGUGGAAGGCUAUGCUUGAAUGUCAUCAUGCACAGUACAUCACCAUCUCCUUGGCAUAUCAUUCAAGGAGCUCAACAGGAACCUUGCAAGGAGACGUGCGCCGAGAGAUAAUGACUCGGCUGCUAGAAGAAGUUGAGUUCUUUGGUUUGAGUUUUGUCAACUGGAUUAACAGCCUCACUUCAUAUGUGGAAGCUCUCAAUGCAUGGCUACAAAACUGUAUACUGCUACCAAGGGAGCGUUCCAAGAGCAGAAGACCGUUCUCCCCUCGCCGAGUUCUGGCACCGCCUAUAUUUGUUCUCUGUCGUGACUGGUCUGCUGGGAUCAAGGCUUUACCCUCUGAGGAGCUAAGUCAGGCAAUCAUAAACUUUUUGUCUGAUCUUCACCUGCGGACGGAGCACCAGAAUGAACAACUUCUCAAGAAACAGAAUUCUGCUAAUGCUAGAACUGCAGAAACCGAGAGCAAAACUAAUGAAGAGAAUGAAGAUGAGUCUGCAAAUUUGAGCUGCAUUCAUGCAAGAGUAACCAAGGUUCUUGAUCGACUUACCAAAUUUUCUGAGGCAUCAUUGAAAAUGUAUGAAGAUAUCAGGCAAAAAAGUGAAGCAGCUCGAAAUGCAUAUCAUAAUUGCAGAACUAUCAGGGCUGAAAAAGUUUAA